CUGCAUCUGCUCGUCUUCUCAAUUCGUCUCCAUCGCCAUCUUUUGUCUCCAGCGUGCUUUGAUUUAUUAGGGCAGAGAAAGAAAGAGAGUUGUGUGUGAUGGGAAAACUAAGGGAGGUAGAGAUACUAUUGAACCAGACGCAGAAGGUCAGAUUUGAGAGAGCUAUGGAGCGGCUACAAUCUCUGUCGUCGACGACAAACAAUUCUGUCAUCGUUGCCGACUCCAUCCCCUUCAACCACGAUGAAGCCUUCCUUAAGGGACACGGAACUUCCUUGGUCGACGGUGAGUUGCUGACGACGGUCUGUGGAGUGGUGAAUCACGUGGACAAGCUCGUCUAUGUACGCACCUUGCGAGCCAGGUACAAGCCUGAGGUUGGGGAUAUUGUGUUAUUGAGGUAUAGUUUUGUUGCUCAAAGACAAAGCCGUUGGAGAGUGGAUCUUAACUCUACUCAAGAUGGAUUACUGAAGCUUUCUUCCAUGAACAUGCCUGAUGCUGUUCAGAAGCGAAACACAUCUGUGGAUGAACUCAAUAUGCGGAAUAUUUUGGCAGAAGAUGAUGUAGUUUGUGCCCAAGUAGGUGAAUCUCAGCGUGAUGGCAGCCUACUAGCUAGAAGUAACAAGUAUGGGAAGCUACACAAGGGACAGCUUCUCAAGGUUGAUCCUUACUUGGUUAGGAGAAGCAACCUUCACUUUCAUUUCAUUGAAAGUCUUGGGAUCGAUUUGAUUCUCGUCCGCAAUGGCUUCAUUUGGGUCGGGGAACACACCCAAUCCAAUGAUCCUAUGGUUGUGGAUGACGAGAUCAUCUCAUCAAAGACUCGACAAAGCAUUCUCAGAAUCGGUAAUGCGAUACGGGUCUUGUCUACUCUAGGCUUCACUCUCACUCUAGCAGUGAUCAUGGAAACUUUUGACUUGAGCAACAUGGAGAAUGUCCAAAUACAUGACAUGCUUGGAUCAGAGUUCCACGUCUGGUCACAGAGAGGGAAGCUGAAAGAAGAACACGUGCAUAGUAAGAAAAACGUGAAAGCCCUCAUCUAAGAAAGCAUGCACAAAGGGAGAUGGAUUUUUUGGGAUCAAUUGCGCUUCAGGAGACAAAUUUGUAGAUGCCGGAUAAGGUGGUUGAAGGCUUGAAGCCACCAGAGAGGCUUCUGUUGAUUCUCUUCCGAAUAAUGCUACUACACAGUUCCUUGGUGAAGAAGCAACCUUAGACAUGUAUUAAUAUCUCAAGUUGAGAUUUCUAAUUUUUAGUGGAAGAGUUUCAACAGAACAAAGAAAUCUGAUUUCCCAAAAUUAAUUCAGUUCAACUUGACUCCGAUAUAUGAAACAGAAAGCAUGAUUUUUGAAUAUGCGGCUGCUAGACAGU